AUGAGCGUGCACAGCUUGAUUGUGCAAGGCUCAAGCGGCACCAAGCAACAGCACACGUCUGUCAGCGGGCUGUUCUGGCGAAUUGAAUCCAAAUUCAAAUUCAAAUUGGGAAUCAGGGCAGCUGCACCUGCUACAGGCAGCUGGGCGAAAAAGAGCGGGAACUUGAAGUUGUGGUCAGCCUUGCAUACACCAGUCCUCAAACUGCAUAAUCUUCAGCACUCAGUCGACUUUUGUCCCUAUUCAAACCUUGCUGUAUCAUUGUCAUCUUCCGAGUCCUUACUGCUCAUUAUGUCGCACUCUGCUGGCUCCAUUACCAUACACAACAGCACUGUUACAAUCAACCAGUAUAAUGCUCCGCAAGGCAAUUGCACUCGCUACAGCAACGUGCCCCAGUUCCAGCGCGGCUUUAGUCAAACAAGCUCCCCGCCGACUUAUGCAUCCCCUGUUGGUAGUAUUGUCAACGCCUAUGCUCGCAGUGGGAGUGUCCUCGAUGAUCGCAGCGCAUACUCUAGCUCUACUCUUGCUAGGGCUUGA